CGCACACUCAGCGACUUAUACCGCUGCAAGACCUCACUGCCACACGAUCCGCAGAAUCCGUAGACCUGAAUCAUACCGGAGAAUCAACAGAGGGGAUCUGCGGAGAAGUGUGAUUGGGUCUGGAACCAGGACGUUCAGGACUGGCCAGAAAUACUUGCAGCAACGCAAGAAAGUAGACCCUCGAUCGCUAUCAAUUUUGGGACGACCUCGAUCAAUGAAAAUGAUUCAGUUUAUCCAGAGUAGCGACUUCUCCUCGUUCUUCUGCACGGUGCGCUUGCCAUGACACUGAAGGGACUGCAAAAUCCCUCUCGGUCUCCACCAACGCCGUCUCAAAACAGGAGUUCUCGGCUCUGGAAUGCAUACACGCUGCUGCAGAUCGGCUUCAUAUCAGUGCUUCUUGCCUCCUUCCUGCAUCUUACAUCCCAGCUCCCACUAUUGCGCAACACGCCCUCUUCACCCAUCGACUUUUGCCCGCAGGCCAACUCGAGCGUUCUUAUCCGCAAUGCCGACAUCUGGGAGGGGAGCUUGGCACGCACGGGCUCGGACGGAUUUCGGCAGAGGGCCGCUGGGCGGCUCGCAGGCGCCGUCCGCAUUCCAACUGAAUCGUACGACGACCUCCUGCCCGUUGGAGUUGACCCGCGCUGGGACGUCUUCGCGCUGCUGCAUGGGUAUCUCGAGGAGACGUUCCCCCUGGUGUACAGCCGCCUGGACGUCCGCCGCGCCAACACGUACGGGCUCAUUAUCGAGUGGACUGGGUCGGAUGCCACGCUCAAACCCGUGCUUUUUACUGCACACCAAGACGUCGUCCCAGUCGAGCCACUGACGGUCGCAGAAUGGACUCAUCCGCCGUAUUCUGGACACUUUGAUGGCCAACGCAUCUGGGGUCGCGGGACCGCCGACGAUAAGAACGGGCUGAUUGCGAUCCUAACGGCCCUGGAGACUCUGCUAGAGCUCGGUUUCGCACCGACACGGACGAUCGUGGCAGCUUUCGGAUUCGACGAAGAAGCGACGGGCGCGGAGGGUGCGGCACAUCUGGCGAAUGCGAUGUUGGACACUUACGGCGAAGACGCAUUUGCGUUCAUCGUCGACGAGGGCUCUGGAUUGUUGAAACUCUUCGGGACCGUUUUCGCCAUGCCUGAAGUGGCUGAGAAGGGCUAUAUGGAUGUCACCGUGAACGUCACGACUGCUGGAGGACAUUCGAGCAUUCCGCCGGACCAUACCAGCAUAGGUAUCCUGGCUGCGGUUGUCGUCGAAUAUGAAAACCACCCGCACAAUCCGAAUCUAACUAGGCACUCGCCGUCGUUCCAGACGUUCCAAUGCCUGGCGCAGUACGCUGCGGAUAUGCCGCCCCCGGUGAAAGCCAUCAUCUCCAAAGCCGCGACUUCGGAGUCGGAACUCCACGUUCUCGAGGGACUGCUGUACAAGAACCCGCUGUAUCGGAUCCAAAUCAUGACGACGCAGGCGGUUGAUGUUAUCAAAGGCGGCGUGAAAGCGAAUGCACUGCCGGAGCAGGCGAGUGUGCUGGUGAAUCAUCGGAUAUCCAUCGAGAGUUCUAUCGCGCAGCUCCGCGAACACAACACCGCGCUCAUGCAGCCGCUCGCCACUCGGUUCAAUCUCAGCUUCCGGGCCUUUGGGGAGCAGAUUUCGGAUCCGCGCGUGCCGACUGCGGGGCUGCUGUCGGUGGGAGAUGACAGCUACCCGCCGCUCGAGUCUUCGCCUGUGACACCGACGAUCGGCUCGGUCGCGUACGAAGUCUUGUCGGCCAGUAUCAAGGCGACAUAUGCUCAUCGUAGGGUCAAGCAGAACGGAGACUCUCUGGUGGUCGCGCCGUCGCUGAUGGUGGGCAACACAGACACGAGUUUCUACUGGACCCUCUCACCUAACAUCUUCCGCUACGGCCAUGGCAAUUCGGCUGGACUGGCGCAGGAGCAGAUGCGCGACAAUCUGCACACGGUCGAUGAAUCUCUCGAUGCGGAUGAUUUUGUGGAGAUGAUCCGCUUCUUUGUGACGCUGAUGUUGAGCGCGGACGAAAGUUUGGCGCUGUGAUGGAUGCAAAUCAAGCCAAGCUUAUCACAGGUUCUGACUGGAUACAUCCAAGGCACUUUGUAGCCGGAGAUUUCUCACCUGCCUGGCUCAAGUGCCACGAAUAGACUAGUAUGUUGGCGAUACGCACCCGGCACCAUGACAGCCAUAUCCAUGUCUGAACCUCAAAACACUUGUCAUGUCAGCGCGCGAUCGUCCGAGCCUCGUGGCAAACAGAACAAAAAGGUAAAGGUGAUCGGAGACAACAGAAAUUUCAUCGAUGGCUUCCGAUGUUCUAGUGCAUAACCGCUGGAGAUAUUGCUUUGGGUCGGUCGGGGAUUUCGCUGAGCACAGAUCAAUCGAUCAAUCUGAUUCAGUACGACUCGAUUCCUUUCUCUGACGCUGGAAGCAAGAAGAUCCCCGUGGAGUUACGUCCAGUGCGUACUUGUAUCGAUGUGGGCGCGUGGCCGGUUGUUAUGUCACUAUCAGUGGAGCGCACACCAGCCAAACUCAAACUUUGUCUCGAUCAUCAAUAAGCGUAACAAUAAGCUAGAUCGGUGGCCAGCGAUCAACCACAACCCAUGGCCCAAGGACUCCUUCAACCUCGCAUCCAGGUAUGCUUUGCUCGUCCUCGACCACAGUUUCUCGUCGGGUAUGGAGCCUGGGGUAACUGGAUCUCUCACCGUCGGAACGUGGCCCAUUGAAGGGCACCUUGCGAGGCGCAGCACCGGGCACCGCGACCCGACUCAUCUCUGGUUCUUAUUGUUGCACGAAAUACGAUCGGUGAUCACAAGCCAACCUCUGACUCUUGUGUUCUGCGAUCCGCACAUCCUUGUCUCGCAACGUGCCUGGCUGGAGGUCGAGUAUAAAAGCCGCAUCGCGGCAGCUUGGAAACCUACCAUUGAUUCACCACUCCCGUUCAGCCAUCCGACUACACUCACCAACCCAACCUGACCAUUUCUCUCUGUGUGUCUCAAUGGACUCUUUCACUGCCACCAUCAUCCCCACCAAGAUCGAGGAGACCAUCCUGCCUCCUGUCAGCGAGGACAGCGGCUCUGGCUCCAACGGCGGCUGCGUUGUCUGCAGGGAGGAUACCGAGCUUCCCCCUGUAAACGAAGACAGCAGCUCUGGCACCAACGGCGGUUGCGUCAUUGCCUGAAUGUUUGAUGCCACUUUCCACGUCGAUAGCCCUCUGAAUCAGUUGUGGGGCGCAUUCGGACUCCCACUUUAUUCUGCGCUCGAUUCGUUCGCGCUUCCAUAUUCCCUUGCACUUCGGUUCCGAUUACCCAUGCCAUUGUAUCAGGUCAUUCUAGAUGUCUCACACUACUCGAAGUAUAUUGCAAUCAUCACCAUCAUCGUCUCUGUCCUAUGUACUUCUACUCCUCACCAGUAGCUAAAUGCCACAUUCGUUUACACUGGAAUGCAUUUUCGUGUUGUUACUCGGGA